AAGAGAAAAUUUAAAUGGAAAUGGAGAGACUACGACUAUUCAUACGAAAGGUAGACAGAGCACUUUUUGUCUAUGUUUUCCAUAAUUCGUCAAAAUGUCUCUUUUUUUAAUGUUAAAAGAUUGCGGGCCGAUUCAUUCUUUCAUCAGAUUCUUGUCUAGUUCUAUUCAAUCACUGUGUUACUCUGCAUUCUUUUAUUUUCUGGGGUGGUAACUGGGAAAGAAAGCUUCGGCAUUUCAAUUCAUGGAUCCCAAAUUGGAGGAUGCGCAUUCUAUAACAGUCAAUCUCUUGGAUGGCCAUGAAAAACAACACCGAAAUGAAGCCAUUCACCGCCCCGUUCCCGGGACGACAUCCUUUUCCAAGACCUGUUUCAAUGGCAUCAAUGCAUUGUCAGGAGUUGGGAUUUUGUCUGUACCAUAUGCAUUGGCAUCUGGAGGAUGGCUGAGUUUGUUGUUUCUGUUGGUUAUCGCCGCGGCAGCCUUUUAUGCAGCCGUUCUGAUCCAGAGGUGCAUGGACUUGGAUCCAAACAUAAGGAGCUACCCCGACAUUGGCGAGCGUGCAUUUGGAAGCGCAGGGAGAACAUUGGUGUCCGUUUUAAUGAACAUGGAGCUUUUCAUGGUUGCCACCGGUUUCUUGAUCCUAGAAGGAGACAAUCUUGAAAACAUCUUUCCAGAUUUCAAGGUAGAACUCGCGGGGAUCGUUGUUGGUGGGAAACUGAGCUUUGUUGUUCUGGUUGGGCUCGUCGUUUUGCCCACAGUUCUGCUGAACAACAUGAGCAUCCUGUCUUACAUAUCUGCUAGUGGAGUGAUCGCUUCGGUCACACUUCUUGGGGCCAUGUUGUGGGCCAGUGCAACCGAUGGAAUUGGUAUUCAUUCGAGCAACGUCCUUCUCCAUUGGAGAGGAGUCCCCACUGCUGUCAGCCUCUAUGCCUUUUGUUAUUGUGCUCAUCCUGUUUUCCCCACACUUUACACUUCAAUGGCAAAUCCAACACAAUUCUCUAAGGUACUGAUUGUUUGCUUUCUAGUCUGCACCAUCAGCUAUGCAUCAAUGGCAAUUCUAGGGUAUCUCAUGUUUGGUUCUGGUGUGCUAUCCCAAGUAACCUUAAACCUCCCAAUCGGGAAACUUAGCUCGAAAGUGGCCAUUUUCACCACACUUGUCAAUCCGAUAGCCAAGUAUGCGUUGAUGGUGAAACCUCUUGUGAAUGCUACGGAAAACAUGUUUGUGUCUCAUUGCAGUAAAAAGGGUCACAGCCUGUUGAUCAGAAUCGGUCUGGUGGUCAGCACCGUGUUCGUGGCAGUGGCUAUUCCACUCUUUGGGUACUUAAUGUCACUUGUGGGCGCGUUCUUCAGCAUCUCAGCUUCAGUUCUCCUCCCUUGCUUGUGCUUCUUGAAGAUUUCCAGCACUCACGGCACCCUCAAAAUCGAGAAGUUCUUCGUAUCAGCCAUUGUGGCUAUGGGUGUUGUUAUCAUGGUUGUAGGUACUUACACGUCUGUCCAGGAAAUCAUUGGCCAUUUGUUGAAUAAAUCAUGAUUAAUCUUGCUGAGUUUUCUUGACAUUUUGAUUAGGAAAAAUGAAUGUUGUUUGCUGGGUAUUAUCUUUUUCGUGUUUCCAAAUCUUCCUUUCACUCGCAUCACUUGAUACUGCCUAUGGGAACACUGU